AUGCAUGGAUCAGUCACCAGUGCAAUGUAUCUGUAUACUGAAAUUAUCUAUUUAUCUGAAUUUGGACUCAUCGGUGACCUAGGCCAGACGUUCGACUCCAACAGCACGGUGUCGCACUACGAGGCCAACGCCGGCGACGCGGUGCUAUUCGUCGGCGACCUGUCCUACGCCGACAACUACCCGCUCCACGACAACAACCGCUGGGACACCUGGGCGCGUUUCGUCGAGCGCAGCGUCGCCUACCAGCCCUGGCUCUGGGCCGCCGGCAACCACGAGCUCGACUACGCUCCAGAGAUCGGAGAGACGACGCUCUUCAAGCCCUUCACGCACCGCUACCCGACGCCGUAUCGUGCCGCCGGAAGCACGGAGCCCUUCUGGUACUCCGUCAAGAUCGCCUCCGCGCACAUCAUCGUGCUCGCCUCCUACUCCGCCUAUGGCAAGUACACACCCCAGUGGCUGUGGCUCAGCCAGAAGCUUGGGCGUGUUGACAGGAAGACGACGCCGUGGCUCAUCGUGCUCCUGCACUCUCCCUGGUACAACAGCAACAACUACCAUUACAUGGAGGGGGAGACCAUGCGGGUGCAGUUUGAGCGGUGGCUCGUCAAUGCCAAGGUCGAUGUAGUCCUCGCUGGCCAUGUCCACUCCUACGAGCGCAGCCGCCGAUUCUCCAACAUUGAGUACGACAUCGUAAAUGGCAAGUCCACACCGGCGCAUAACCUGAACGCGCCGGUCUACAUCAACAUAGGUGACGGAGGCAACAUCGAAGGCAUCGCUGACAACUUCACGAAGCCGAUGCCAGCAUACUCAGCGUUCAGGGAAGCGAGCUUCGGGCACGCGACACUAGAAAUCAAGAACCGAACACAUGCAUACUAUGAGUGGCACCGUAACCAUGAUGGUGCAAAGGUCACCGCAGACUCUGUGUGGCUCACUAACAGAUAUUGGAUGCCUACAGACGACUCAAACUGAUCAUCUCACAUCAUUUAUCGACA